AUGUUGGUUGUUCGGGGGUUUCAAAAAAACGCUAUCGAUGCUGAGAUUGUGCUAGGACAACAUGCUGGAAAGAGGGUGUUCCUCCCUCGUAUACCCUUGUGCCCCUCCGAUGAUGAGAUGUUCCCUUUUCGGUUUAAGAGGAAGCAAUUUCCAAUAAGGCUAAGUUUUGCUAUGACAAUCAACAAGGCACAAGGGCAGACCAUUCCUAAUGUUGGUGUUUACCUGCCUGAUCCUGUUUUCUCCCACGGCCAGUUGUACGUCGCACUGUCUAGAGCCACCGCUAGAAGAAAUAUAAAGAUAUUAGCCAUCUCUAAUUGCGACAGGGAUGUCCGAUCCAAAUCUGGAAAGUCUAGAGGAACAGAAACUCGAAAGAUCCUAGACACCGCUGGAAAUGGCAAAAAGGGCAACGAUUUGCUGUCCAAGUCAGCCAAGUCUCAAGGGACAAUUACGCGAAACAUAGUGUAUAGGGAAGUUCUCACAAUGUAG